AUGCGUUCCGCUAUCCUCGUCGCCGCCAUCUCUGGCCUUGCUGCCGCCGGCCCCGUCGCUCCCCGUGACACUACGGCCCAGAACGGUAUUGAUCUGAGUGCUUUCGACGCUGAGCCUGCUCCUACCAAGGUUGGCCCCGCCGUCGGAGCCACCGUCGAGACUCCCACCUACGACCCGGCGGUUGCUAAGGCUGAAGCCUCAAAGGAUGCCGCGGCGAACCCCAUUGCCGUCUCCAACUCCACCCUUACUGCCCGUACGGUUACCCCCGCCGGCUGCGGAGCCAAGCAGCCCGAUGGCUAUGGACCCGUGUCCAGCCCUGACACGUACGACACCUUCAUGAACGACCCCCAGUUCUCUACCAUUGCCACCAACGCCCAGGUGCCGGCUGGCUACAGUCUGUCGUUCUCCAACAAGCAGGGCGCAACGGAAUGCACUUCCUACAUGGGUCUCUACACCAUGAAGACCUUUGACACCAUCAAGUGCCAGCAGUACUGCGAUGCCGCUCCUUCGUGCUACGGCAUCAACGUCUACAUGGAGAGAGACCCCAAGUGGGACCCCACCGAUGCGUGCCCCAACCCUGAUAGCAUCACCAACUACAAGUGUACCCUCUGGGGUUCUCCCGUCACCGCGCAGACCGCCACCAACGUUGGACAGUGGAGAAACCAGUUCCACGUCGGUGUAACCGGAUCGAACGGGUACUCAAAGGAUGCGCCUCCUCCUUCUUACGCUGACUUCACCGGCCCCGUUGCCUUCGGCGGCGCCACCCAGGCCCCGAAGUCGUACAUGGGAUCCAAGUACUACCCCGGUAUCUACAACCCCGAGCAGUGCGCCGCCGCCUGCAAGGCCAACACCAAGUACGACCACGACCACCCCAGAGCCGACGGCACCUACGAUGCCUGCAACUUCUUCAACGCCUACGUCCUCAGCAAGAACAAUGUUCCCCAGGGAACCUACUGCUCCCUGUACACCCAGUCUUGGGACAAGUCCUACAGCACUAACGUCGGACAGUGGAGAGGCAGCGACUACUACUCCGUCUCCUCCAGCUACGGAUACACCCUUACUGUCCAGGACGCUGGAAAGAUCUAA